CGUCAGAUUGAGUUGAAGCUUAAAAAAUUCUUCUUUUCUUCCAUCUACCAGUAUUGGUGUCUAAAAGAAGAAAACCGAUCUGAAAUGGACUUGAGUUCGAAGACCCUAUCCCAAACAAUGACCGUGGAGGCCAUAGCGGCUAUCAAGGCCAAGCGCAUGGCCAUGAAAAUGGAUCUCGAUGUCGAGGGUAAGCGGAUAAGAACGCUGCAGCGGGAGCAGGAUCGCCAGGAGCACGAGGAGCAGGCGGAGUUCUGCAAGCUGACUAUGAAGCGGGAAAGGCAGCAAUACACUCGCGAGGAGCAACUGCUGGGCGAGAAGGAGCUGCCUGGAGUCCUGAAGAUCGUGUCCCUCGUCUACGACUUCACGCGUCGUCGCUUGCUGUCCAAGCCGGAGGACUCGCCGAAAGAAGAACCCGCAGCUCCUCCGCCGCUUGAAGGGCUGCGAGAGGUGCCGGAGGUGCCGGAGGUGCCGGUGGUGCCACCCGAACUGGAAACAAUCAAACCGCCGCCCAUGUCCAAGUACAACCGCUAUGGUCAGGAGAGAUUCCUCAGGGGCGAGGAGGAGUUUGGCAUCAACCCGGGGGGAAGCAAUUGGGAAAAGGUCGCAUCAUUGGGCUUGAAUCCAGACGGUGGGAAGACCGAGUCUGUGAAAAUAAAUACGGAAAAGGGAAAACUGGAGAUGGCCAAGAACGCCAGCAAGAAGCCCCGUAAAGAUAAGCGGUUAUCCCGUAUGCCCAUCAUCGUGGUUCCGGAUGCUCUGACCAGCCCGGUCACCGUUCACAAUGCCAAGCAGCUUCUUCAGGAGUUGCGCUACGUGUCCGUGGAACAAGCCCGUCAGACCCUGGUCCCUGGCCAGCUCCUCGACGAGGUCACCAUCGAGCACCGCUUUCAGGGCGAACUGGUGAGCUACAGGGUCAUCGACAACGUGACCCGGCUGACCCCAGAGGAGUGGAGCCGGGUGGCCGCCGUGUUCGCCAUGGGACCCCACUGGCAGUUCAAGGGCUGGCCGCAGGGCGGGGACCCCGCCCUCAUCUUCCACCGCGUGUGCGCCUUCCACCUGCACUUCAGGGGCACGUCGGUGAGCAAGGAGCUGGCAAACUUGCAGGUGCACCUGCUCGCCCUCUCGCAGCACGAGCGGCACUUGGACUGCGGCAUCCUGACGGAGUUCUGGAACAAACUGGACCACCACAUGGCCGUCCAUCCCCGUCAGUUUGCGUUCAUCAAGCAGAAGUAGGGUGCUCACUUUCCCCUUGGGCCGCAGAUAUGCGAUAAGCAGGGAAUCAAUAAAUGAAAUUGAAUAAGCCAGAACAAAGGACGAAGGACAAAGACCAAAAGCACACACACAAGGGGCGGUGCUGCGAUAAUAAAAAGCGAACGGGCGCAUCAGAAAAAUAUAUCACGUUUGUAUAAAAAUCAUAUAAAAAC